AUGUCGAGGUCGUUGUCGACAGCUUUUCAGCCCUCCUGCCUGGAGUCUCUGCAGCAGCGCAUCGCCGGGGAAGCUGGAGCAAAGGAGGAUGCCAAGUGCAUUCUGGAAGCGCUUUCUCAGUCUCUCAACAUCUCCAUUCUUCGUCUGAAGGAGGCCUGUCGAAGCGACCUCCCUGAGGAGGACGUGGCCGAAGGAUGGCUGCUUCGACGAGUCUGGCAGUUCUGCGACGAAGUGCAAGACCAACUGCGCGUGGCACGUGCACCCGGCAACAGUGCCACGGCCGCGACUUUCGCAGCUUUGGCUGCUUCCCUCGCUUCUGUGCAGAAGCGGCACGCCGCCCUCAGCAAGGAGGUGGACAGGCAAACUGCCCGAAAGGAGGAGCUGACCUCGGAGGUCGCAGCAGCAGCAGAUGCCGAGGGCCGCCUGCAAGAGGUACUGACCAAGCAGCAGCAGAUGGUGCUGUUGACAGAGUCUCGUUCGCAAAGCCAGGGCUCUACAGAUCAGAUCGUCUUGCAGCUCAAGCGAGAUCAGGCCACGCGGGAGAUGGAGCUUGAAGCAAGCUUCGAGGAUCUGCGGAGCCGCAGCCAAGCUUUCUUCCGCAGUGAGCAGGAUACCCUUCGGUCGAGGUUGCAGUCGAUGCGAGAAGAGCUGGCGGCGACGCAAGUGGACAUCGCUAGGCUGAGGACUCAGCACACUGCAGCAGCCAUUGAUGUGCGAGAGUGGCUGGACAGCAGCAAGGCUGCGCUGGCAACGCUGAGUAGCACCAUGUCUGCGCGGCUUGCCCAAGUAGAGGCAGCGGCCGUGUCGGAAGCCGCGAAGACAGAGGACAAAAUACAACACCUGCAGGCACAGCUGGCAACAAGCAAGGAGACCGCAGCCUGCGAGCUGGAAUCCUGGGAGCGCCGAGGCGUUGCACUAAAGGCUGAGGCUGAGGCUGCGAGCAAUCAGGCAGCCGAGGAGACAUCGCGGCUUGCCGCUGAGCUCUUGGCGAUGGAGACCCAACGCUCCAUGAUCUCGCGCAGCCUUUCUGAUGAAGCUGGAGCCGCGGUCUCUGUGCUUCGAGAUGGUGUUGUCCAGAGCGCUUCGCUCCAAGUUGACGUGGACGAGCUGCGGGCCGAGGUCCAGUACCUAGAAGCUGAACUCCGAGCUGUGGCACAGGAGCGUCAGAUGCUGCAGGAAGAGCACCGCGAUGCCUUCGAGCGGCAGCUAAAGGCUGAGGAGGCACUGCAGAAAGCCCUCAGCGACAAUGAGAUGGUUCGACAGCAGAUGGAAGCGCAGCGAGUCGAGAUGCAGUUGGCCAGCGAGGCCGCAAUCAGGGAGGUGGACUCUGCUGCUGGGGCCGCUUUGCACGCUGCAGCGGAAGCUGCGGAGGCAGAGUUUGGCGAAUUGGAGGAUGUGCUGGACACAUUGGAGAAGGAGCUGGCCGAAAACCGAGCCCGCUGCUCUCAACUUCACUUGCAAGAGGCAAGUUUGCAAAGGGACAAAGCUUCCCUGGAACGAGAACGGUCAAUGUGGAAGGCACAGCAUGAGCUGAUGCAAAGCCUCGAGUCGGAAGCCCGGGAUGCCAUGAAGGAGGCCCGAAACUCUUGGGCCCAGGAGGCGAGGAGCCUCAAGGAUCAAGUUAAGGAAACUACAAGGAAGAAGGAUCUGCUGGAGGCCAAGAUGCAGGACGUUCAGGCUGCAGCCGAAGCAUCACAGACAGAGGUCUCGCAAGGCGUGGUGGAGACACGGCGCAAGGCACAGCUGCUGGAGUCACAGAUUGACGAGGUCAAAGGACUUUGCGCUCCAGUGCAAAAGGCCUUGGAACGACAGGCCGCUGCAUUUUCUUCAGCUCAGAAGGAGGUGGAGGAAAGGCGCUCCCAGACACUGCAGGCAAGCAGCACCAUGCAGAUGGAGCUGGAACAUCUUUCAGCGCAAAGGCAGAAGGAGCGAGAAGCUUUGGAGACUGAGCUUUCCUUCGAGCGCAAAAGGAUGCUUCGAGCGCAAGCGAGCAACCAUCGGCGCGCAUCAGACUCAGCUGCAAAAGGUGACCUUUCCCAGGUGGUCAUGGGACAGUUGAUGCUCGGCGACGUGAGCGCGGCUUCCUACCAGGAUGCUGACUUGCGCGUAAGCCAGCGCCAGAACGAGGAGAUCCUGGCUGCUACUCGGGAGCGUAAGAAGAUCGAGAUGGAGCGUCACCAACGCGCGCUGGACCUAGCGGAGAGCGAGAAUCGGUGGCUGAAGCAGCAGUUGGCUGAGCUUGCUGGCAUGCAUUCGCCAAUCUACUCUUGGCAAACGGAUGACGAUGUGAAAACUACGCUGACUACACGAAUUGUGCACGUAGCCAGCCUCGAGGCUUGCCAGCAGCGGUGCAAGGGCAGGGAUCGCCGAGAGCCUCGAGCGAAUGCUCCUUGGCAGUAUCUUGACUUGGUAUGCUUCCUGCGCCGGGUGCACGCGAUCGAAGCUCAGCUGUUGGACUUUGGGCGAAUCGUUGUCUUGUCUGUUUAUUCAGCAUGUGCUGUUCUCGAAGAUGCAGUGGACAAUUGCAAAGCCCGCCAAAUAGAAGUGAGCACCCUCAGCAACGCCGCACAGAGCAGCUACGGCACGACAUCGGCGUGCGGCGAGGUACCCCUGCAGCCUUUCGACUCUGGCUUGCGCGGAGAAUGGCGUAACAAGCCGGACAAAGCGGCAGAAGGCCAACUCAUGUGGCCAAAGUCAAGAGGUCGACUCCUGGCCAGUAGUGCGACAGAAGGGCAAAGAGAUGUGGGCUUCAAGCUGGCGGGUGAGCUCGGCCAGCUGGUUGGCAAGGGCUUCCUUGAGUUCUCGCCCCUGCCUUGGGUUUGGGAGUUGAUAUCCUUCGUUGAGGAAAUGUAUGACCUCCACCACGAGGAGGUUGAGCGUCAGCUGGAGAAGCUGCGAGACACUUGGCACCGCGGCGAUCGCCCUGGUGGCGAAGCCGCAGAGGAAGUAACACGGUGCUUGUGGGCCAAAGGUGUUGCUGUCUACUGUCCACCACCGUCAGAAGAAGAAGAGGCGCCUUGGUCCAACAGUGGCCCUCGCUUCUAUGUCUCCGUCACGAAGGCCGCCUGGGAGCGGUUUCCCGUCGGCGCUCCGGCGCCACCGAAGGCUUUGCGAAGGUUGCUCUGGCCACACGAGGCCGACCGUGCACUCUCCAAGGAGGGCUCCUGGCC